GAAAGGACCGCGGCAAGGAGGGGGUCUGGCAAAUUCUGUCCACGGAUUGGAAGUUGGAUUUGGAAGGGGCGUGAUCUAUUACACACCUCUGGACAAGGAUAGGUAAGUACGCCCGUGAGGCGGAGUUAAUACGACUUUUCGGGGCGGGUCUCGGAUACAAAUCACAGCCACACUUUUGAAUGGUGUGUCCUCGUGAACGAUACAGGAAGGAUUGUCUGUAGCCUACUGUGGACUACACUACUCUUUUUUUUCUGUAAUAUUUAGUUAUUUCUAGAAGACAUGGGCAAACAUGAGCAACGAACACAUACAGACACCUCUAGCGAUCAAAUAAGUUAUAUUCUAUUCUAAAGACUGAGUUAACCAAUAUAAAAAUGUGAUUUUAUUUGCAACAACAAAAAAGCUUUCAACAACCACACUGUAUCUUGAAUGUCCGAUUUAUCCUCUUACAACAACUUUAAAUAACGUUUUUCUCUCCUUUUUGGAGAGUCUCCAAUUCAUUAUUGAACCCUGAACAUGCACGUGCCUGGAAUGUAUGGCUGUAAUGUAUGUUCAUUGAUGAAGCAGUUUACAAUUUCACAAGUUCACAGUGGAUGCUUUCAUUUCAAUGACCCAUAGAUGUCUCUCUAGUCUUGUCCUCUGUAGCUCUGUCUCUGCUCUGUAGAAUGAUGGAUCUUUUUUCUAAAGUUAAUUGAAUUUAGGCUGUUUCCUUUCCUCCUAACGCACAUGACCAUCCUGUGAUUUUCUAUCCGUCUCCCAAAACAGGCCUCAGAACUUUGUUGUUGGUGUUGUGAAUGUGUUACUUGGAUACUGCUUCAAAAAAUAUUACUUUUCACAAGAUGCAUUUGACAGGGUGGAUCCUUUCGGUGGCUCUAGUUUUUGGGACCUCAAAUCUCAAGAUCAUAUCCGCGGGACCGCUCCAUGCACAAUGCAAAGUAGAAUGGUACUUUGGGAUCCCCUGUAGACAGGUCUAUGAAGGUCUGGUCACUCAGAUCAAGCAGUGGAGGACCAUGUCCAGCUGUGCGAUGGGGGGACAGAGGUGCCUCUACAAGCUCCAGGCAGCCUCUAUCCACUUCAUAGCAGCCAAACACACCACACCAUUUAAGAAGUCUGUCGAUGACCUGACGUUCCGUCUGGUCUCCUUUGAGUUCUUCACCCACUGUCACGUCUCGGCCAUGUCUGUCUCAGAGAGCUGGUAUGCCAUUAGAGAUCACGGCACAAACUACUGCAACCUCUAUAAUCUCAUGGAAGGAAGUGGCCUUACAGACGCCCCUGGAUGCAAAGAGAUAACAAGUGACUUCCUGUGUACCCAGCGAUCUUCUGCUGACUGCACUGUAUACUGACACCAUGAUGGCCCAUGGUUAAUAUUGCACGGUGACAGCUUGCUCACCAUCAGAUCGUUCCUCAUCAUUUGAUAGUGUUAGCAGCACCGUAUUUUAUACACACACUGCUUUUGUUUUUUUCAAGGUCUUCUUUUUUAUUUGAUCUUUAAUUAUUAUGCUGUAUCUUUUUAUCCUUGUUAUUUUUUACAUUUUGAUUAAAAUCAUUGUUAUUGUACGGUAACUGCCCAUCUUGUAAUGAAGCAAUGAAGUCAAAACGUUCAAGUAAGGAGUAGUGGGGUAAAAGUUUCAUCUGUAAGGUCUUUCCUGCUGUCUCAAGCUGGGCGAAAACUUAGUUGUAAAUAUAGCUCUCCUUUCAUUCUAUACCUCUGAGGUGAGUCGUGGUCUGAGGAGGGGCAUCGUUCUUUUUGACACCUAAACCAGUUUUCCUCUUAAAAGCAAUGGUGCCGGGGUAAAAAAACCACAGUGAGCUAUGUGAAUUGCAGGGCAGGUUUUUAUUAGCACAGCAAUAUGGUCAGCUGGGCUUUGCCAUCCAUCACAGCGAAGGCUUUUCAGAUCACUGCUAGAAGACACUUUGCCACGGACAUCAAUGUCUAUGGCUGUAUCCCAAAUGUCAGCGUAUUCCCUAUAUAGUGCACUAGUUUUGACAUAGGCCCACAGGGUGCACUUUAUAGGUAUAGGGUGCCAUUUGGGAGUUAGACAAUCUAUGCUUUAGUUUAGCCAGAUAGCUUUCCUCUCUUGCCAAUAGGUGGCAGUGUCUGCAAGCUCCUUUGUCUUGUUACGGUUAUCUGCACAAAUUGACUUUUAUUAUCAUUAAACCACAGCAAUUCCAAUAUUUCAAAGAAAAGGUGUAUGCAUUUCACUAUGGAUAGAGAAAGUGGGCUAGGAAGAGAGCAGGCAUUGCAUAAAGGCUAUUGCUUUGAUACUUCAUUUUUCCAGCACAUACGAGCCACCACGCUUCACAGCUUAAAGGCAUAGAUUUCCCUGCUUUCUGAAGAAGUGUAACAUAACCGAAUGAUGGGUGCUCAAAGAGAUCAACGAAUUGUUUAAUUCUGAUAGUAAGUAGACUAUUAUUUUCUGUGAAUAUGUUAUCCAAUAUAAUGAUUGAAUUGAAAUAGCUCUUCAACUAACACUUACACUACGGUAAUAUCAGGGCUUAAAUUGGGAUAGUGGUCGUGGAACUGACUUCAAAAUGGAUAGGCUCUGAAAGAUCAUUUUUAAUUGACAGUUUUAUGUCCAUCUGACAGUUAGCAUUGGCUCCGUCCUGUCCUCCAUCCAAAUGUGGAUGAAUGCUGUUCCACUUCAUUCCAUCCAGUCCAAUUUAACAGCUGUUUAUUUAACAUGUAUGUUGUAACACAUGAAAAUAGUUUUUGUUUUAGGCGUGUCAAGUUACAGAUAUUUUGAAAGCAUGGCCAAACUCUCGUUCACUAUGUUUUUUGGAAAAAGGAUGUAUUACGACUUCUUCCCUGUGGCAUCAGUAUUUUGGAGUGCAUAUGAUCCUAUGCUGUGUGCAUGGCUUCAUGCGUAUGUGGUUGUAUGUGCCCUUACCUCCCUUUCAACGGGUGCUUUAUAUGGUUAGACAGGACAGGCCCAUGACAGUGCAUCCCCUUUCCUGCCCACAUAACACAAACAGUGUUGAAUUCCCUCUUAUUAAAACUGAAAGACCCAAAAAAUCAUAGCCUGGAAUCUAAACUGAUAUGCUCAAUUUCAUUAAAACAGAGCAUAUCAGUUUGGAUU